UCUGGACCUGGCUGUGUUUGCUGCAGCAGCAGCAGCAGCUUUGCUUGGGGCAGACCUGUGUCCAUGCACACAGUCCAGCCAUCGCCUGCUGCAGAGCAAACCCCAUCCUGUGAGGGAGAGCCCGAGGAAUUGUGUGCUCCCAGAAACUUUCCUCUUCGUGUGCCAGAGAGGGGGGAGAAAGGGAGAGCAAAGGAGAGCAGGGGAGGAAGGCAGGGGAGAGAAGGCAGCUUGCUUCACACGCUGCUGAAGGCUCUCAGAAGCGCUCAGACCGCAGGAGCAGCUCGCUGGCUGGUGUGCAGUUUGAGGGGCAACAUUCAUUGACUUUAUUCAUUGAAUUGCUGAAGGACAGCUAUGACAUCUGACUGCUGCUUCUACAUGUUCUUUCUCAUUGGUACCAAAGUCAUCUGUGACUCUUUGGAAGAUCAUGUUUAUGGAGUUGGGAUCAGGUGCCCCUUGGGCUACUUCCCAUGUGGCAAUAUCACUAAGUGUUUGCCCCAACAGCUUCACUGUAAUGGUGACGAUGACUGCGGGAACCGGGCCGAUGAAGACAACUGUGAGGACAACAACGGAUGGUCUCUGCAAUUUGAUAAACACUAUACAAAGGACAAAUAUAGUAAACUGAAAUCUCUGUAUGCAUUUCAGACAAAGACACCUGAAUGCUUGGCUGGUGCUGUGCCAGCAGAAUGUACCUGCCAAGGGCUGGAGAUCUUCUGUGAUGCUGCCAAAUUGCGUGCUGUCCCGUCAGUGUCUUCAAAUGUAACCAUAAUGUCUCUUCAGAGGAAUCUGCUAAGGAAACUUUCUGCUGACAUUUUCAAGAAAUACCAAGACCUUAAAAAUCUGUAUCUUCAGAAUAAUAAAAUCAGAGCUGUAUCUGAACGUGCUUUCAAAGGUUUAUAUAACUUGACAAAAUUAUACCUGAGUAACAACAAGAUAGCCAGUUUGAAGCCUGGUGUAUUUGAAGAUCUCCACAAACUUGAAUGGCUGAUAAUCGAAAAUAAUAGGAUAAAUCGGAUCUCUCCAUUAACAUUUUACGGACUCAAAUCACUUAUUCUCCUAGAGAUGAUGAAUAAUUCUCUUACUCAUUUGCCUGAUAAACCUCUGUGCCAAUAUAUGCCAAGACUAAACUGGUUAGACCUUGAAGGCAACCAUAUCCAUCAUGUAAGAAAUGUCACUUUCAUCUCCUGCAACACUCUAACUGUCCUGGUGAUGAGACAAAAUAAAAUAAACUCUUUACAUGAAAACAGCUUUUCUUCUCUCCAGAUGCUAGAUGAGCUAGAUCUGGCUAGCAACAAGAUUGAAUCACUUCCUCCAUAUAUAUUUAAGGAUCUAAAGGAGCUUUCACAACUGAACCUUUCUUACAAUCCCAUCAAGAAAAUACAAAUAGAUCAGUUUGAUUUUCUAAUUAAACUCAAAUCCCUCAGCUUGGAGGACAUUGAAAUUGCAAAUAUCCAGAGGAGGAUGUUCAGACCCCUGAGAAACCUUUCCCACAUAUACUUUAAGAAAUUCCAGUACUGUGGAUACGCCCCUCAUGUGCGCAGCUGUAAGCCCAAUACUGAUGGGAUUUCAUCCCUUGAGAAUCUCUUGGCCAGCAUCAUACAGAGAGUGUUUGUCUGGGUCGUAUCUGCUAUCACCUGCUUUGGGAAUAUUUUUGUCAUCUGCAUGAGGCCUUACAUCAGAUCGGAGAAUAAACUCCACGCCAUCUCAAUAAUGUCUCUCUGCUGUGCUGACUGUCUGAUGGGAAUAUAUUUAUUUGUGAUUGGAGCUUUUGAUCUUAAAUAUCGUGGAGAAUACAACAAGCACGCUCAGUUGUGGAUGGACAGUAUUCAUUGUCAAUUGGUGGGAUCGCUGGCUAUUCUGUCUACAGAGGUGUCAGUCUUACUGUUGACUUACCUGACUUUGGAAAAAUACAUCUGCAUAGUUUAUCCUUUUAGGUGUUUGAAGCCCAGAAAAUGCAGGACAAUUUCCAUUUUGGUUCUUAUCUGGAUAAUUGGGUUUGCUGUUGCUUUUAUCCCGCUGAGCAACAAGGAAUUUUUCAGAAACUACUAUGGCACCAACGGCGUCUGUUUUCCUCUUCACUCAGAACAGUCAGAAAGUUCAGGAAGUCAGAUUUAUUCUGUUGUCAUUUUUUUAGGUGUCAACUUGGCAGCUUUUAUCAUCAUUGUGUUUUCAUAUGGGAGUAUGUUCUACAGUGUUCACCAAACAGCUAUUACAGCUACUGAAAUUCGGAAUCAUAUUAAAAAAGAGAUGAUCCUUGCUAAACGCUUUUUCUUCAUUGUAUUUACUGAUGCACUGUGUUGGAUACCCAUUUUUAUUUUGAAACUCCUUUCUUUACUCCAAGUAGAAAUACCAGGUACUAUAACUUCCUGGGUGGUCAUUUUUAUACUGCCAAUAAAUAGUGCUUUGAAUCCUCUUCUCUACACUUUGACUACGCGACCUUUCAAAGAAAUGAUUCAUCAGGUUUGGUAUAACUACAGACAAAGAAGAUCCAAAAGAGGUAAAGGCAAUCAGAAAAUGUACGGUCCAUCAUUAAUUUGGGUAGAGAUGUGGCCAAUGCAUGAAAUGGCACCAAAGCUAACGAAGCCGGUGCUUUGUACAGACUCCUCUGAUGCUUCAGUGACUACACAGUCAACAAGACUAAAUUCCUAUACGUAAACAUAUUUUGGAUCCUCACGGUGACAUCUGCACUGUUAGCUUCACAUCUGUGGGCUCACUGCUUCACAGCAACGAGUAAAAGAGGCAGGUAUUGACACAUGGGCUCACCCGAACCAGAGCAUGAAGAAGGGGGAGCAGUGUCUGCUUGCAGGUAGAACUGACACAAUGAUAAUUUUACCAUCUCACAAUGGUACCUGACGUUUUGACAGCUCAUCCUAGAUCAGAAUGAGAAGUCAGUACUUUGAUUUUUUUCCUCCCAGAAGCCAGGAGUGGGGGGGGAAAAAAAAAAAAAAAAAAAAAAAAAAAGUCAUUUAAAACAUCUCACCCUGAAGGCAGGAAUUUUUCAAAAUCACCUAACUUUAGGGGAAAAAAAGGUUGUUUUCAUUAAACCUAAAAACAAACAAACAAAACCCACAACACACCUCCAUUUUAACAGCUGAAGUUUUAAGAGUUGGUUUCCUCAUUAUGAAUUUUUUUUCUCCUCAGAAUUUCUGAUUGGCUCUAUUUAGGCUGUAUCAGUUCUGAAAACCUCUAGGAAGCAAUAGCCCUAAGAAAAAUAUUUAGAUUUCAUAAUUAGAGCAGUUUAUUGUGUUUGUCAAAGCCAAACAAGUGAAAUUUGCAUUCCUUUUAAAAAUGUACCAAUUCUUUCACUCAUGUGAAGACAAUCCUGGAAGUGUAAUUAUUGUUCUAAUUCAGGCAGAACAAGAACUGUGGGAAAGGGAGCUAGAGGGGAAGAGAAACGUUUUUUUCUCAACCAAGUGUCCUGGCUAGUGGAAGUUUCCACUUCAGAAGAACAUCCUUCCCUGGAAAGACUGGGCUGACUAUCCUAAAAUCUUUAUGGGCUACCAUAAGUAGCUCCCCACAGCUUGCAGACUUCAACCAGUUUCAGUCUGAAGAUGUUUAUCUCUGAACAUGGAAUAACGGGAGACAGCCAAAUAGAAGACUAUCAGGUCUAAGACGUGUUGUGACAUCUACCUUCAGUCACCUUGUGCAUCUGAUUGGAUGCAUUACAGUUAAAAUAAGGAGCACAGCCAUUCAGCACUUUUGGGGGCAUUACUUUACUUCCCAGCAUUACAAGGGUAAAAAACCCAAAUAAAUAAAUAAAUAUUCCAUCUGAAACAAUCCUCUAGAGGCAGUUCUUUUGCAUAUGUUUACUGAAGAAAAUAUUUUCUAUUACGAAUUACUAUGACUUACCUAGCUCUUUCAGUACCAUACUCACAGUCCGAUGGCCUAGAAACCCACAAAGGUAAAAGAAAUGCUUCUUUUGCUUUGAUGAUUUGAAGCCUUUAAAAAUGAAGUUAGAAGACACUUCCAAUGUUUGCACUUAGCUUCUUAACAGCAUAAGAAGUAGAAUUUUAUAAAGUGUGACUCACACUUCAACUGUUUACAGAACUUUGGAUUAUCUUGAAAUUGAAGAUUGUUAAAUAUCUUGUUUCCACUACUGUAUGUUUUAUUGAAAUAAAAUAUUAUCUGCUGAACAAAAUAAUGACUUUUCCAAGCUGCUUAGUAACAUUUUAAGUUGCCGGGAUAGAAACAGCUAAGUGAAAUCCUGCCAUGUGGAUUGCCUUUAAUUGGGGCAAUUAGAACUCCAUUUAAUAGAACUUGUGUAUUUGGAGGGGCCAAACCUUCUCAAUAACUGUAAAUGCUUUUGAGGAGAUAUGCAAGGAUGUCUAUCGCUACCAUUACUUCUGUUUUUCACUGAAGUUAAGAAUAUAUUCAGUGUCAUCUUUGUUCCUAUGAAUAACAGAAAAAUAUUCAUUAUUUCAGAAUUUUUUGUAACAUCUUUAUUGUUUUGAUAAGAAAACUACAGCUUGUUUUUUAAAAGGUCCUUCUACUAAUAAAAAUGAGGCUGACUAAUAAAUCAUGGUAAAACCA